UUUUGUUCCCUACAAGUCAGUUUUAGACUUCACCAUGCCAGACUGGAGGAAAUUCGGAACUAUUUCAUUGAUGACCAUCAGUAUUUGUUUGUUUUUACUUGGAAUCAUCUCCUUGGUACUUGGGAUAUUAUUAUUUGGCGGAACCCUAGCAAGUCGUGAAAUAAGACCAGUCAUUAACAGCAUCAGCACUGAUUCAAACAAACUCGGAGACCAAAUCAGUAUCCUUCCAAUCUUACUUAUUGUCAUUGGAGUGGUUACGUUUCCAGGAGCUGUUUUGGGUAUACUGACAGCAAUCAGAGUAAAGGGGAGGAAAGUUUUCUUAAUUUUGUUGUCUGUUGUGAGUUUCCUUGUUUGUGUCGGUACCAUAAUCAUUCUUGCUGUGUUUAUCCCUAGAAUUCAGGUACAAGCUUAUUCUGCAAUAUAAAACAGUGAAAUGUUAUUGCUGUAUUUGAUCUCGAUAUGAUGGU